CUACAAAUCGUUACGGAUCUAGAUUCGUUGACUAGAGAUAAGAAAGGGAAAAUGCCAGCUCUUUCUCAUUUACUCAGUGUGGGGAAUGGUAGGGUUUUGAGUCUCGCUGCGGAUGAUAAAUACGUUUAUGCUGGUUGUCAUAGUGGUGAUAACGAAAUUGUGGUAUUCUCUCGAACAAGUCUACAACCCAUGUAUCGGCUAUUGGGACAUCAAGGUAGUAUUCUAGCUCUUAUGGUGGUACCUGAGAAGAAUUGGUUGGUCAGUUCAAGUAGUGCAGGAGAUAUACGAGUCUGGUCUACUAAUACCCUUCAACCUAUUUAUAUCAUUCAUCCAUGUGACGACACUUCUGGAGAUAUUUAUUGUCUAGCAUGGGAUGAGAGAGAAGGCGGUACGCUUUAUUUCGGUGACGCCAGUAUCACCGUUGCUCUCGCCAAUCUCACUCUUCCCAAUGGUACUCUAUCCCCACCCGUCAACGGUCAUACCAAUCAUACCUCUCAUACCAACGGACCAUCCUCCACUGCAAGCGCUUCACCAACUUUGAGUCAACGUACAGGUCGAUACAAACCUCAUAAAUUCUUUGAUAACCCACCAUCAGGUUAUACAUCAGGAAUCACAACUCCAAUAUGUUCAGCACCAACUUCAGCAGAUAAACGUCAACUUCAAAAUCAACUCGAACAACUUGAUCUCUCUCAUCUCCCACACUCUUCUCAUUCCAGAGAUUUAGGUAUACAUAGAGGUUGUUCACACGUCACAGAAUUAGAAGUCGACGUUUCACAAAGAGUCGCUUUUGCUCAUUACGGUUACGUUUACGCAAUGUACAUGAUCGAAAGACCAAAUAAUACAAGAUGGUUAGUAUCAGGAUCAGGUGAUACAGAUGUUAAAAUCUGGGAAUGUAAACCAAAAGGUGGAUUACAACUCUUAAAAGUUUUCUCUGGUUUAGAAGGUGCUGCAUUAUCUUUCUCAGUAAGAGAUUCUUUACUCUAUGCUGGUUUACAAGAUGGUCAAAUAGUAGUUUGGGAUCUUGAAACUUCUGCGUGUGUCAGGACUAUCGAAGCUCAUGAAAAUGACGUUUUGGCAAUGUCAGUCUUAGGAACGGAUCUUUAUACUUCUGCUGCGGAUGGAAAGGUAAUAAGGGUUAAUGAAGAUUUUGAUUGUACGGCUGCUUUUAGAGGUCAUUCGGGGAUUAUACUAUCUUCGACAAUUGUGAAAGAUGUUGGGAAAGAUAAAUGGGAAUUGAUAACGGCUGGAAAUGAUUCUUAUGUCAAGAUAUGGUCAAUCGACGUACCCUCUUCCAGAAGAGAUGUCAACGAUUUCGACGUGGAAGGUGAAGGUGAAGGUGAUGUCAUGUUGUACGCUCUGGCGAAACUUAUUGCUGUACCGACGGUGAGCGAUGAGGGGCACAGGGAAAGUUGUCGACAAGGUGCACAUCUCUUGAAAAAGAUCUUCACUCAACUCGGCGCCCGUUCUUCCGUGAUUUCCGGAGAAAGAGGUCUAAACCCACUUGUAUUGGCCACAUUUUCCGGUAGGGAGACCGACAAACCUCGUAAAAGAAUACUCUUCUAUGGUCAUUACGAUGUCCAACCUGCCGCAGAGGGAGAAUGGGAGACCAAUCCCUGGGAAUUAUCCGGUCGAAAUGGCUACCUAUACGGCCGCGGCGUGUCCGAUAAUAAAGGUCCUGUUCUCGCAGUCGCUUGUGCUGCUGCAAAUCUUCAACAACGUCGUGAAUUGGACGUUGAUGUGGUCAUGUUGAUAGAAGGUGAGGAAGAGGCCGGAAGCAAAGGUUUCGCUUCUGUGGUGCAGGCCAACAAGGACAAGAUCGGUCAUAUCGACGCCAUCAUGCUCUCCAACUCUACUUGGAUAGGAGAGAAUGACCCUUGCGUAGUCUUUGGCAUGCGUGGUGUUGUCUAUGCCAAUUUGACCAUCAGUGGGGAAGGUGAUGAUGCUCAUUCUGGUGUAGACGGGGGGAUUGUGGCGGAACCGAUGUUUGAUAUGGUCAGAGUUCUUGGAGCUGUGGCAGGACCUGAGGGAGUGAACGUACCGGGGUUCUACGACAAGAUCCGAGCCCCAUCACAAGAUGUAACUUCUUGUCUUGCCGACGUCGCCCGUGCGUCCGGUCGAUCAACCGAACAAUUAUCCAAAGUUUGGGCUCAACCAAGUUUCUCGAUUAACAGCAUCACCAGUUCAGGUAUGGGGAAUAAGACCGUCAUACCUAAACGCGUCAGUGCGGAUAUAUCUUUGAGGAUCGUCCCUGAUCAGAGUAGGGAAGAAGUGGUGGAGACUUUAAAAGAAUAUUGUCGGAAGACAUUCGAGAGUUUGAAAUCGCCCAACCAUUUUGAGAUCACAGUCACUCAUUCUGCCUCUUGGUGGUUGACUCAACUUGAUUCACCAUAUUUCCGCGCUUUGGAAUGCGCCGUCAAAGAUAUAUGGGAUGUAGAGCCUUUGCGUAUCAGAGAAGGCGGAACUGUACCUACUAUCUUUUGGUUGGAACAGGAAUUUGGAGCGCCUUGUGUUCAUCUUCCUCUGGGACAAGCAUCGGACGCUGGACAUUUAGCGAAUGAACGUAUGAGACUUUUAAACCUUAGGAAUGGUAAACGAGUCGUUGAGUCUUAUUUCACCAGAGUGGCCAAGAUCUGA